AUGGGAGACCCACAAGGGAAUCUCUGCACUGAUGCUGGUGUCGGGGACCUGGUCACAGAAAAGUGCCUGGUAGCAUCGAAGGGGCCUGCGUGCCGUGUCCAGCUUGCCUGUAGCGGUCAGUACUGCGCUUUCCCUUUAGACGGGAAUGCACUUUGCGUGUGGAGCACGGACGACCCUUCUUACCAGCCUCUGACCCUAAGAGGACAUCAUGAGCCAAUUACUGCUGUGGCAUUUGGAAAUGCAGUGAGUCCACUUCUCAUCUGUUCUGCAUCACGAGAUUAUGUUAUAAUGUGGACCCUAGAUGAAUGCAGACAGAAAGCACUUCAAGGGCUGACUCCUCGAGGGGUUGUCAUGGGCACCCUCCUGGGAAAGGUGCUGUGUUUGAGGUUGAGCCCAGAUGACCGUGCGGUUGCUGUGUGUGCUGGAAAGAAAAUAUUUAUGCUGGAUACUGAGAGCCAGUCUACACGAGCUGAGCUGGAGGGUCACCGGGGCGCCGUGACUGCAGCUGAGUUCUGUUUGUGGCAAACACAUCUCAUCAUCUCAGUGUCUGAAGACAGAAGCUUUAAGGUUUGGGAUCAUCAUAUGGGAUCAUUAAUCUACAACUCAUCAGUGUUAACAGCCUCCCCUCUCCUGAGUCUACUCAUCGAUGCAGAGAGCCGGCAGCUGGUGACGGGAUGCGCAAACGGCCAGCUUUGGAUCUUCAGUUUGGUUGAAGGACAUCAUUAUCGUUGUGUGACACGGGUUGACCUAAAGAAGAAGAGCGAGAGUUUCUUCAGGAGGGUUGAGUCCAGGCUGUGCAGCCUGCCAGAAGAGGGUCAGCGUGUCUGCACAGAUGGCUUGGAGAAAGGAGAGGAGGUUGAAGCAAGCCUCCCUGUCCUAGGGCUGGGGCCAUGUGAUCUGUCCCUUGUUCUCCCUGCCGAGUGUGGGUGUCUUUCUUCUGAGAAUACUACAUGCUUGUGGAUUGGAAGCUCAGCUGGCUUAUUCAUAUUUAACUUGGCAAACUUUGAACUGGAAGCCGUUUUACAUUAUAAGGAUUUCAGGAGCCCCAGCAUUCAAGUUGCCGGAUCAUGUGCAGUGAUGAGCAAGGUCGGUGGUGAGAAGGCCGUCUGCUUACUCACGUCCCUGUGUGGCCGUAAGAUCGCCUUGUUGGAAAUCUAUGCUGCUGCUCUGGUGAGGUCUCAGCGGGGGCACAACGCGGGAAGGGAUCUCUCCGUGCUGCCUCGUGCCAAUGUUCUCCCCACCUCUCCACUGUACUUCAGACCUGCUGAGGAAAACAGGACGCAGCCGGCUCCGCAGAGACAGUCCGCCAUGCGGAGCACCAUUAAGGACCAGCCCCUGGUUUUCCACAGCAAAGUGAGGUCGUCUGGGUAUGCGUCCACACCACACAUAACUCUGUUCUCACCAAAGACCAACACCAGGAGCAGCGGUGACCGCUCUUUACCAUCACGUAGCAAUGCUGCGUGACAGGAAUACCCUUUGGAGAGUUCUCCACCAACCAAAGUCCACAAGCAGCGUGUCAUCGCGCACAGUCCGGCGGCUGUGAGCUGUGUCCAGUACUCAGGGGAUGGACGGCGGCUCGCCUGCGGCUUAGCCAACCACCUGUCGCUGGUCUUCCGUGCUGAUCUCACUGGGGCACCUGCUGUUUUUUCAGGUCACGACGGGGCGGUGAGCACCGUGUGCUGGAGCCAUGACGGCCGGUGGCUGUUGUCUACCUCCCAGGACGGGACGCUGAGGCUGUGGUCACUCCGUGGGGCAGAACUCGCGUUGUGUGUGGGCAAAGACAUGUUUUCCAAGCCCGUUCGGUCUGCACAGUUUUAUUACAUAGACACUUUUAUAUUGUUGUCCUCGGGCCCCGAACUCCAGCUCCUCAAGUACCAUGUCGACACUUGCAAGGAUGAGAUCCAAAGAUAUAAACGGAAGAGUAGGUGCAAAUGUGUCUUCAGGCUUCCUAUGACUGGUAUGACAGAGGUUACCAGUUUAUCAGCUGUAAACGACUUCUAUUCCUAUCUUGUGCUCACGGCCGGCCGGAACAGGACUCUGGAAGUUUUCGACCUCAAUGCAGGUUGCAGCGCAGCCACAAUCACAGAAGCCCAUUCACGGCCUGUUCACCAAAUCUGCCAGAAUAAAGGAUCAUCAUUUAUAACCCAACAGCACCAGCUUUAUAACCUUUUCGCCACCACAGCCACUGGGGAUGGCAUAAAGCUGUGGGACUUGAGAACCCUGAGAUGCGAGUGCUGUUUUGAAGGACAUCCAAACCACGGAUAUCCAUGUGGGAUUGCUUUCAGCCCUUGUGGACGCUAUGUGGCUUCUGGAGCGGAGGACAGACAUGUGUACAUGUAUGACGUGGGUUCGAGCACAUUUUCUCACAGACUGGCUGGACACACGGACACCGUCACUGGUGUGGCCUUCAGCCCGUCAGCCCCCCAGGUAUAGUCUUCUCGUUGGGGGGGCGCUUCUACUCCCUACAAGGCUUUCCUCGCAUUUUCUGGAGGCGGCCAUGGGAGCGCAAGCGUGUUCUCUCUAAACAUGUUCGUCAUUCAGCGCACUUGCUAUGACUGUGGAAAAUGUGGCGUGUCCGUGGGCACUAGUGUGAACGCUGCAGCUGGCAAGUCCCAGAGCAGCUGUGGAAAGGGUGUAGAAGAGUCUCAUGCACAGAAUUAG